AUGGCCGACACAAGCCUGAAGCUAACAUCCAGAAAGUCAUCGACCCCUCAAGGACCCCUUGAUGUUAACCCAGCAGACCAAAACCCUGGAUUCAAAUACUCGUCACUGCCAGAGAAAGAGGCAGUGAUUCGUCUUCUCAAACUUCUUCCGGGCGAACCUGAGGACGAUAUCCGAUGUGUGCUCAAUGACUACAACCUUGAAGGUGCUGAUCAAAAGCCAUAUGAAGCAAUCUCUUAUGUAUGGGGGACAGAGGAACACUCGACUAAGAUUAUUGUCAACAACGAAAGGGUGAAGGUUCGACAGAAUCUGCACUUAGCAUUGCAAUGCCUUCGACACAAAUAUUCGGCUCGAACGGUUUGGGUAGAUGCGAUAUGUAUUAACCAGAACAACAAUAAAGAGAGAAGCCAUCAAGUGGAUCUGAUGAGGAACAUCUACCAAGGAGCAGAUCAGGUAGUCGUCUGGCUUGGAGCAAGCAAAAAGCAAACCGAUAUUGCCAUGGACUCUCUAGAGUAUAUGAGAUAUAUGCUUAAUAAAUGUGGCGUAGGACAGAAGGAAGAAUUGAAAAGGACGUCUCUUUCAAGGAUUAAUAUCCAUCAUCAAGAAGCAAUUGAAGGUUUUCAAGACCUUCUUCGGAGGCAAUGGUUUCAAAGAGCCUGGAUCAUCCAGGAGAUUGCUCUUGCGCGCGACGCUACCAUUAUGUGUGGGAAGAAGUCAAUCCCAGCAGGGAUAUUCUCCUCUCUGUCCUGGAUGCUUGGGAAAUCUUUCGAAAUAUCUCCAAUCGAGCCCGUAUUGAAUGUUAUGCCCGGAUUCUCGAAAGACACGAAAGAGUCCUGGUGGAACAUGGAACGGGACCUCUUUGCGCUUCUUCUUAAAUUUCGUAACAAUGAAGCAACUGAAUUGAGGGACAAGAUCUAUGCUUUUCUUGGUAUUGCAAGCGACAUUAAGGAUGGGAACUUUGAAGCGAGCUACGAGAUCGGUGAUGAAGAGCUUGUUCAAGACGUUGUGUCCUUCCUU